UGUAUGUGUAGACGAACCGUCAAAACGGAAUUCGGUAUAUUAUUCCAAUGCCAUAGUUUGUUGAUAAAAUUAAUAAUGUAAAAUUGUUUGCACAUAUAUUAGCGAUAGUGUUCGUUUAAUUCUUUCUUUCUUUGUUAUUUUUUUUUUGCGAAUUUUAAAUUACGUGACAUAAUUGGUGAAUCAAUGAAUCGGUGAAUGAUAUAGUACUACACCUUUUUAUGACGAAUACACAAAUCGACAAUAAAGAAUGUCGUGUAUAAGAUGCAAAUUUCUUCAACAUAAAUGAUUGCCUGCAGUUCUAUGUUCCUUUUUUUCCGCACAUACUUUUCGAGUUAACUUGACGUAGAACGAUUCUAUGGGAAAGUGUGUUUCGAAGCAGACAGCCAAUUCAAGAUGGGAGUCGGGAAAUUCGGAUUGUAUUGCUGUGUCUGAACGUAGUUUUGUACUAUUGAUCGAAAAUGAGGGUCAAUCAGAAAGCAAAAAAUCUGCUAAAAAGCUGGGUCCGGAGACAAAAGGAACAGCGAUGUCAUUCGGAUUCAAAAAGAAAAUCUACACAACCAGCAAAAAGAAUGGCAAUUCGAUCAAAGCGUCGGAAAAAUUGUCUCAGGAAGAACAAUUUGGACCGAUAAAUACGGACAAUGACUGUGGUGAUGAUAAUGGAAAUCGAGGAGGCGUGGAUGUACUUAGUGAUAGAGAAUCUGGACGAACGACUCCUAGAUUGACACCACCGAGAAAAGAGUCGACUGGUGCACCGUACCGAAGCAUACGUUUUGGUUUUAGACAAGCAAAUGUCGUUCGACCCGCUUCUACGGGACUCAAUCCAAAAAUUACAAAUUGUGACACUGCUCCCAACAACAAUUUCACAAUGAAACCUCGUUCAAAAAGUGAGUGCAGUCCAUUUCGUUCAACGAGUGCAAAUCAAGCGAACAACAAACAAGCAUCGCGAGGCGCUGUCAAUCGUGACAAUCCGAAAAUAAAUGCGUGUUCAACAUCAACGACAGUCAAUAUCACUUAUCAACAUCUACAACAACAACAACAACAGCAACAUCAAUCUAAGAAUAAAAAUAUGCCAGCAAUGCAUCAGCAUCAAACGAAGAGUGCAAACGUUCUCGACUACACAAAUAAACCACCGAAUGGCAGGCAACAGUUAACUAUUGUCAAUACGGGAAUGCACACCAAUGAGAUUGUUCGACCGACUCCAAAGCCCGCUGAAUUCGUUUCUAAAUUUACCUUACACACAUCGAGUCUACCACAACCUCAAUAUCCAGUACCAAUCAGUUUGGCAUCACGAAAUGUAAUGGACACAAAAGUGGCUAAACAUGCAGCUAAUACAACUCGUCGUGGAUUUUUUGCCGGACGUGAUAUAUCCAGUGAUUCCGGCCUAUCUGGCAUGGACAGUUUGGGUCAUGUUUCACCGAAACGAAAUCGUAGCCGGCCACGAAACCUGGAAAUGGUCAUCAACGGACGGCAUAAAUUUGAGGUGCGCGAUCUCGAUGACGAUUUAAUGGAUGAGAAUGUUGUGCCAUUGUCUCUACCAAAAUUGCCGAGCUGUUUCAGUAGCAACAGUCAGCCGGCACCGAUAAGUGGACUACAUCGCAACGAUGAAUCGCCAUCCGAAUCAUGCACCGACGGAAUAAAUUUGUCAUUCAGAAAGUCAUCGCUGACAUCACUUAAUGUGGAAAGUAUUGAGGAGGAAAAGCUUUAUCGCGAUAAUUCGAUGACUGAGAAAGGUGCCAGAAACAGUACGUUUAAAGAAUAUUCGCCGUCGAGCAAGACCUCGUCGCCGGCUAGUUCGCGAGCGUCAUGGUGCAAUGCUGGUGAAAGUAUGGCAAUUAAGGACUGUAGUAGCAUAAGUGUUAGUAGUAGUGAAUCUGUGAAUAACAAGGACAGUGAUUGCAAGACGUUAAGUGUCGAUUUACGAGAAGAGGAUACGAGCAUGGGAAUGGCAUUGGACAAGACAUUGAGCUCCUCGAUUUCACCACCUACCUCGCUGAAAAUCGACACGGGCAUACUGCAACACACAUUCAAAAAUAACAUAAACGAAGAGUUGGCGGUCGCUAUCGAGGACAUGAAGUUUGCGCAAAUAACAGAAGCGGCCGGUGACGAUCUGAUCGAUGAUGAAACGUCACCAAUUGAUAGCUUGAUGAGCAGCUGUGAUUCCGAUGAAAUAAUGACGAAAAAGAAUAAGAAGAAGAUCAACGAUUCGAUCAAGGAAAAGGAUAUCCUCGACGAGUUGCCCAUUUUGGAUAUCAGUUGCCCAUUAUCACCGGUGAGCCCAACACAUGCGUCGAAUUCACUGUCACUGUCGGACGGAGAUGUUGGACGUGAUUUUCUGAUUGACGAUGAGAUUGCCGAUCAGCCAGCGCUGUGUUUCUCGGACAAACGCGAAGUUGAGGCAUCCAAUCCGCAACUGUUUUCACUCACCGACACGCCAACACUAACGGAGAAAGGAUCGUGCGCAUCAAAAAUACAUUCUCAAGCAUCCAAGGUCCACAACAAUAAUUCAUAUGCACCACAGAUCAAACCACGCCAAUCACUUCUCUCGCGAACUGAAUCAUUAGACACUCUGUCUCCGUGUGAAUCUAUCGCUUCCGAUGAUCUUAUGAUGGAUUAUGAUUACAACAGCAGCGUUGACUCUCUGGACAGGAUGUCCCAAUCGAUCCAUGGCAGUGUGUCUGCAUUACAUUCUUUAGACCAUUCUCAAUUGCUGUGCGAAUUGGAUGCCAAAGGACAAAAUGAUACGAUGAAAGAAUGGAAUUCGUUAUUUAAGACUGCUCGUAUGUUGAACCGUGAUUCGAUGACAUCUCAUCUUCCAGCCCGAGCAACACGUCUCCUGAAUCGUUCUCGUGUGCAACAAAGCAAUGCCGGUUCCGACAGUCCCCGGUCGUUAGACAGUUUCCAUCGGCGAACAUCAUCGAAUCGUCCUUCACCGCAAAUGACCCGUGACUCAAACGGUUCGCUAGAUGACAAUAUAAGUGUACAGAAUGAAUCGAUGCGGAAUGUUAUGUUAGACGAUUUACUGGACUUUAAGAAGCAGUUGAUUCGUUUGCGUAAUGUUUUGCAAGAGCCGGAAGGAGAAGAUUUGACGAGUACGGACACUCUCAACCCAUUUGAAAUUAAUGGGCAAUUCUAUGGUUCCGGUGAGCUGAAUAACGACAUUUAUAUUGAAAACAAAGAUCUCUACAACUACUCAAAAGCACAAGACGAUGCAAAGCAGGAGCUACUAGACCUUCGAAGACAGGUUGUUUACCUUCAGAGUCAAAUUGAUGACAAAGAUCGGACGAUUAAAAUUCAACAAAAUCAGAUCGAUAAAUUGGAAAAGGAUGUGGUGAAAUUAGUUUCGGGAACGGGACCUCAGCCGACACAAAAUGUUGAUACAACCAAUACCGCCACACAAACGGAUAGGUUACGGCCGCUAUCAAUUGGUCAAGAUGGAUCGAGCAGGCUUGAAGACGAAGAUUAUGCUGCAAAAGAACCAACCAAUUUACCCAUCAAGCAAACACUUACAAACGGUUCGUCCAAUCAAUUUUCUCUCAAACGAAUGCUUUACCCAUCAGUCAAAACAAUGGGAACUACAGUGGUUACGCAUCACCAAUCAAAUAUUGCACCAAAAUCAAAUGGCAACGUCGGCAAUAAUCAUUUACAACAGCCGGAAAAAGUAAUCUCCCGACGCAUACCGCGAUUGGUCAGAUCACCGAACGUCGACGAUCAUAACAAUAAUAAUAACCUGCUGAACGACAUCACAUCGUACAAAAAUGGACUGAAUGGUUACAACAAUAACAACAACAACGCUACGAACGGGAAAGAAAGCCAUUUGAAAUUACUCGGCCAUCCCAAUAGCCUGCCAAAUGGUGAUGUGAACGAAAAAUCACCGAAACUGUUGCGGAUCAGAAACUCUAGCAUUUUAAAAUCGCCGAAUUUUCGAACGCGGGUGACGAACGGUGAUUUUCCGUAAUUUCUUUUUUUUUCGAUUUGAUGUGAAAGCAGGUCCUUGCAACAUGUUAGUGUAAUUUGACAUACGUUCCUAUUUGUUUUAAGUUUAUUGUGAAUAAUUGGACGUUUAAUUGAACGACGAAUAAUAAGCAUUUCAAUGGGAGAGGUAUACAGGCGACGAAAUGUCAACUCUGGCCUUUUAUUUAUUUUUUAUUUGUGAACUCACUUGACUAUUGAUUAUAUCCAUUCAAGAAACAAUUUUCCUCUGUUUUUGAAUCAUCAGUUUGUAACUUUAAUUUUCAAAUAAAGGACAAAAGGAACGAAAAGACAUCUUUUCAACACAUCAUCUCUGAUGAUUCAUCGGUUAUCGACAUCGACGACGGAAAUAUAAAUAAUGGGACCUCUAGCUAACGUCGUCUUACAUAGCAAAAUACAUGUUAAAACAAAUGAAGUGAAAGAUUUGAAUUCAAUCAAUUGAAAAUACUAAGAUCGAAUCGAGUAAUAGAAUUCGAUUGGGCAAUUCCUUUCAGUUCAUUCAUUCAUUUCAAAUAUUAGUGGCUAUUACAGUACAUUUUGAUGAGUACAAAUCCUUUAAGGUUGACACUGUCGGCUGAGAGAUGAGGAAAUUUCCACUCGACGGAUUUUGAUUGUGCAGCGAAUGAUGUCAGGACUACGGUGGAGUAACUUUGUUUCUCAAUCAGACUAAUAUCUGGCGAUCGAUAAAACCUUGAACAAAUGACAUGAUCAGUUAAGUUAAAACUUCUUGCAAAGUCUAUCGCUCUGUUGUAUCCGAUUGAAAAACUACGUUAUAGGAGUUACGACGUCAAGCAGUGGACAAAUAUGUUGAGUGAAAAUUUAAUUUAUUUUUCAGUUGUCAUCAGUUCUCAGUGAAAUGAAAGGAAUUGCCCUGAACUUAUUGUAAUGAUAGGUAUGCUUGGCCAUCUGUGAAAGGCUAAAUAUAAAUUGAAUAAAUAAUCUGAACGUGCAAUGGAAGAUUUGAAUUCACAAUUUUCGAAUUUUCGUCUUUUUCUAAAUAAAAUUUGGGAUAAUAAAAUCGUUUCUAGGACAAACGAUACAGAGCUGAAUGAAUUUAAUUAAAUAAAUUAAUUAAGAAAAUAGUAUUACCGCAAUGAAGGCUUUAGAAAAGUGGAAGAAAAUUAAUAUAUUUGACCUUUAUUUAUUUAUCAUUGUUGUCAUAUACAUGCAUUACAAAAUAAAUAAAUUAAAA